ACUAGCUCGAUCUCCGACUUCGACCAGCCUCGACCUCAAAGGCACUGCCGCUGAUCAAGUUAUCGUCUUCUUCCUUGCGAAUCGAGGUUGAAGUAUUCAAGCAGCAGAUUCAAGUGCUUACACUCAUGUAUUCCGCAAUCGAAACUGGACAGGAGAGCGGCGAAUUCACUAAGACACCAAAAUCUGAGACCUGCACCCUUCCAUAUUUAAACACUGAUGUGGCUUCCUCCUUUUCUUGCCACUUUUCGUGCUCUGCUUCCACGUCCUAGUCGACGACAAAAGCGCUUCUCUCUCUGGGGCUCUCUUACAAAACACAGAUCCUUCUCAAGUUCUCACCUGCGCUUGCUGAACGAUUCUGAACAGCUUCUUACUUGAACUACCUUGCCAAGUUUUACAUUAACCCUGUCUUGUCAUGUCUCGUGAGGCCUCUCAUCUACCCGAUCUUACCAACACCCGCAUAGACUCUGGGCAUCUGCACCUCACCUCCUUCCUCGGCGCCGGAGGCUUCGGGAAAGUCUAUCGAGCCGUCGACACAAGGACACCAUCCGACGACCCAUCGCUGUACGCAGUCAAGUGUCUCCGCAACGAUGCACUAGGGACACCGCACGUCACCGCGAUCCGCCGCGAGCUGCGACUGCACGCAUUUCUGCAGGAUCUCCCGGGUGUCGUCUCGUUCGAGCGGGCGUUCAUCGAGGACGACUUCGUGUUCGUCGUUCUCGAGCUCUGUGCGAUGGACGUGCACCGGUUCGCCGUCGUCGAGAGGGGCCGCAGGCGCGGGCCCGAUGUCAUUCGCACGCUGUUCGUCGAGAUGGUGGAUGCCGUCGGGCGGAUGCACGACAGGGGCGUGUUUCACCGCGAUCUCAAGCCGGGCAACAUCCUCUGCGACGAACGCGGCCGCGAGGUGAGGAUUGCGGACUUUGGGCUGGCGACGAGCGACGAGUGGCCGACGGAUGGCCAGUGGGGGACGACGUCGUUCAUGAGUCCCGAGGCUAUGGAGGCCGGUAGAUCCGGUGUCUACUCUGCCAGGGAAUGCGACUACUGGGCGCUAGCCAUCACCUUCGUAGUUCUCGUCACUGGGAGCUACCCCUGGGAAGCUGCGCAUGUCUCUGACAAACGAUACGCCGCCUUCCGCACCGAUCCCGUCGCCUUCCUGAACAAAUACGUCCGGCUUAGCGUUCCCGCGACGAAUUUCAUCCGCUGGAUGCUGGACCCCGCUGCUCGGAACCGACCAACACUCAAACAGAUCAGGGACACGGUGCUCCAGAUUGACUGCUUCCUGCUACCAGCCCGCGAGAAGAGAGUGAGGAGAGUGUUGCCGCCCGCGGUCAGCAGCAUCCCGGUGGUGUGUGCUUUGCCGAGCCUGGAUUCAGAGGCCCCUUCGGCGUUGCAGAGCGGAGCGUCUGGCGCACAUCCUGCUCCUCAGAGGCAGGGAGUCAAACGGAGGGUAAAGGGCGCCGUGCGGAUGCCGAUGCCGAGACAGGGUGCUGGAGACGUCCAGUCCAUCCCGAGUAAGAUGUCGAAGCAGAUGCCCGUCGCCGCGAUCUCCUGUCGCCGAGGAUCCAUCGAGAACCCAUCCAGAGCAGCUGCAGCCGUAGUCGCCGCCCCGCCCCAGCGCAAGUCCAUGCCGAAUCAGGCAACGACGCGGAUGCCCAUCCCCGCCGUCCCUGGGCACAGAGGGUCCUUCGCGCGCUCGAGCAGGCAGCGCGCAGCCGGAGCGGUCGUCCGGGUCGUCCGUCUGCCGGUGGCUGGUAUUCCCGGGCAGCGCGGGUUCGAUCGCCGGCGGACUCGCCGCGGGCCGGGACGAGAGGUGCUUGAUCAGAUGCGACGCGUGCCGGUGGCUGGAACGCCGCAUGAGUGUGGAUUUGCGCCGCGCCGGAUGGUGCGCAACCAGAGCGCGAGGGUCGGACAGGUGCUGGGGCCGAUGGAGAGGGGAUUGAGUCAGAGACGGAGGCGGUGAUGUGUUGCGGUGGAGAGUCAUGGAAGACCACGCCGACCGACAAAGAACGAACGGACUGCUUGCAUUUGGUUUCGAUUGCUUCAUUGGACGGAUUUGAUUUCUCUGCUCGGGAUGACUGCUUUGGAUUCAAUUGCUUUUGACUGGAACUUGAUUGCUUCAUCAUAGGAACUCGAUUGCUUUAUGACUGUGACUCGAUUGCUUGAUUACUUGAAACAUUGCAAUACAAUAUGUACAAAUGCUUGUACUCGUGCCAUGCUUUGACUAUCUUGACUGUAUCCCACUUUUAUAUCCUCUGCUGUUAAGUACAUGUACUCGGAAAAUACAAGAAUCAUUACAAACUCGGUUCAGUUUUGUUCGCCCCAAUGAACGUAAUCUCCUUGUCGUUGAAGGUUAUCAGUCCCGGCCUGAAUACUGCAUGAGCUCGAACCAAUAACACACGUCUCAUACUAUUUAUAACUCUUGUUCACGAAGUCACUAAGUGCGCGCCUUGUGCGGUAUUCGUUGCAGAAUUCGAACAGCCUACUUUCCCACCGUGGAGCUCAUUUGGCAGCGCCCCAGAACACCCAGCUUGUUCACAUCCCGCUUCGACUCUUGUCCGAAGCUGUUCGAGCCCAGUCGGCUCGAUCUGAGAGUUCCGCAGCAAUCUUGGCGCAGUUUUCCGUCGAUGAUCGGGGAGGGAGUUGAGUUUGUUCAAGACAGUCGCCACUUUAGAUCGGGAAGAGAUCAAGAUGUUUCAUAGGCGAACGGACGGCUGUGGAGCGGGCUCCCGGGUCUAUGCGCACGUAGAACGAGAAACACUGCAGCAGCAAAGGUUCUUAGUCCGGAUCGCAUAUAACCGGGGAAGUAUGGCAGAGGAUCAUUUGAAACAGACCCUACGCGCAGAAAAACAUGUCAUGUCCCCGCGUUG